CCGAUUUUAUCGAGGAAGUCGCAUUGAUCAAAAAAUCUUUAGCUGCCGUGCUUUGAAUCCAAAGAAUAAAGGGCAAAUUUACAUUUGCGCUUGAUAAACGGGUUAGCCCUUCUAAUUGCAUAGAAUACAGAUCACCAGCGUUGGAAGUUGCACCAGAAUAGUGUAGAACAGCUCAGGAAUGUACUGUAUUUUCCACAUUUUCACAUUGCUGCUCCUCUUAGUGUGCUGGUUCUCCAACUGCGAAGGAAUGAAAGAACCAGAUUGUUCAAAAAUGGUAUUUCAUCCCAAAUGCCGAGGGAUAAGUGCGAAACGAUCAUCAAGACUGCCAAUAUUUGACGAGACAGAAGAACCUUAUAACACAGACGACAGCUUGGAGGAACCCUACUGGAAAAGCAAUGUCGACAGUGACCUAAUGGAAAGGAUAAUGAAAGACAUCAUUUAUGCCAAUAAGAAGUAUAAGAACCACCCGAAAGCCUAUUAUGAGGAGGAAAUAUGAUAGAGUAAGCUGACGAGAUGAGAAAUGCUGGUGCCGAAAUAUUCAACUGAAAUUGGAAAAUUAGAAGUUAUUAUGUGUACCCCUCUGUAUUAGAAGCAUAUAUUGUCUUUGUACCACAGCACGCAUGAAAUUAUCUAUCACAAAUAAUAAAGACUUCUCAUGGAUACAUUUUAUUUUUGACAUUUUAAUCAAAUGGAACUAAUAAAGAUGUGUGAUUGUUA